UAUAGGUAUGUGAGCGGUUUGAUGGUAUUUGCAAUGAGUCUGUAAUAGAUAGGAGAGGACACUAGGGGAGUAAUGAAUAGAUGCCCGCCAGUUACAUUGGUGUUCUGUGUCAUCGCCGAACGCUGCAUGUACGCGGAUUUCUCUCGAGACAGUCACUGCAGUAUCGGCUAAGUUUUGGGUGAACCGUAAAAACCACUGUGCACUUACUCAGAACAUAAUGCGCCGUACAACAGCUACUGUACUUUUGCUGGUAUUACUGGUGCUACACUGUCAAGAAAUUUCUGGCAGAAGAGGUCGUGCAAGAAGUAGAAGCAAAUCUCGGGUACAAAUUGGAUUACCAAUUACUGGAAAAUAUCGAGAUCCUGAAAGUGAUCAAUAUUAUAACAAUCACAACGGUGCAAAGAUUCUACAAGCGUCGCACUUUGAUUUUGAAUACGUUUUGGGUCACAAAAUUGCAUUUCUUUGUGUGGCACGAGGAACACCACGACCACAUAUUACAUGGUUCAAGGAUGGCACGGAAAUUUACACCCAUCAUUACCUACAUGUGCACGAGUGGCAAGUAGGACCCGACAAAGUCAAAUCAAAGCUAGAGAUUGAUCCCGCAACUCAGAUGGAUGCUGGUGUUUAUGAAUGCACAGCAGACAACAUGUACAGUAUCGACCGUAGGUCUUUCAAGACUGAUUUCUCCAUUGCAUUCGACUAAAUGUUAUUUAGCCGCCAGAUUGAGAAAUGGAAGACCACGAGUGAUAGUAUUAAAGUUUUUUUUCACACGUACAGAAGAAUCGUAGAACGAGGCGAAAUUAAUGUUCACAGCCUCAUUAGUGCAACUCUACCUGCUCCUGUAAUUUUACAACUAGCAAGGCACUAAAGAAAUUGCCUCAAUAAGUCAUUGAUACUUUGUAGAAACUUGUAAAGUACGUUUCAAAGAACGUAAUGAGAAAUAAGUAACAAGUUUGUUAUCAUUCCAA